CAUUUUGUAAUCACAACGAAAUACUCAACAAUAACAAAUCAUAAAAUUCUUGGCCGUUUUCCUCUCACUACUACGAGGUCGAUAUCACCAAAAUGAAUGCAUAGGCAGUCAGCUGAAUAAGAAAAAAAAUGGAAAUGUGUUUAUGCCCUUUGUUUUGACAGGAAAGUACGUUUAAGCCAAAACAAACAUGUGAUAGUAACUACUACGUACUAGAUAUCAGAAAAAUUGAACAUGAACCUGCAAACAUUAUUCCAGGACUUUAAUCCAAGCAAGUUCCUUGUUCACGUGUGUUUAAUGGUUUUUACCGCUUUAUUUGCCCUGCGACUUGAUGGGACAAUUAUCUGGAGUUACUGGACAGUGUUUAUACCAAUAUGGUUUUGGAAAUUUAUGGUUAUCUCAGGGGCAACUGUCGGCAGCUAUGUAUGGUGGAGGUACCCACAUUUUAGGUUGGAGGGCGAAGCAUAUGUGCACUACAAAGCAAUGCUAAUAAGCUUAGCACUCCACUUGAUUCUUCUAAUGUUUGAACUGCUGGUCUGUGACAAACUGGAGUCUGACAGACAUUUGUGGAUACUUGUUUUCAUACCUCUCAUAUUUAUUUCAAUCGUUUCAAUCGCUGUCUGCAUCUGGGCUGUGAAACAUGACCGCUCGUUUGAGCUUGAACUUUUCUGUUCUGUCAAUAUACUACAGUUCAUAUUCCUGGCUCUAAAAUUAGAUGGAUUUAUAUCGUGGAGCUGGGAAGUUGUUUUCGUGCCACUCUGGAUUUUAAUGUGUCUGUCAUUAGUUGGAGUGUUGUAUACAAUAAUUUUUGCAGGAAUUUUGCUUAGGGCCCCUGAAGUAAAUCCCCAACAAAGGAGAACAUCUUUUAAUUCAGCCUUAGGAUAUACAUUUCUGGUCAUACCAAUACUCAUUUUUCAGGUGCUGCUUGCAAACAAGUUAGAUGGGGCAAUAACGCUAAGUUAUGUAGGUGUUGUUUCACCCCUGUUCCUUUCAUACUGUACAUUAAUUUUAAUGUCGUUUGGUGCAAAAGGAGGCAACAGAUGGUGGUUUGGAAUUCGAAAAGACUUCUGUCACUUCCUGCUGAGCUUGUGUCCUUUCCUGCAGGAGUACGCUAACAUAGCGUACAGCAUACAGAGUGAUGAUGGUUCUCGCCGAGCUAAUGCUGGUACUAGCAGUUCCAGUGAGACCUCAGUUGCUGACAUGAAAACUGAGAAGAGGCUGAAAAAACCUGAGUUACUAAAACCAGUUGUGCCCGUUGUAUCGAUAGACAUGCCAGACUAGCCAAAAAGGAGGCUCGUGACUCAGCACCUCGUCAUUGAUGACUGAUGUCUUUACCUGUUUAAAAAAACUGGUAGAGUGACUGAUCUGUUUUCUACAUUUAGGGACUAUUUAUUCAGCUGUGAGUGAUAUGUAUUUUAAAAGUGUUAGUGCAGUGAGGUGCUAUAUAUUAAUUUUAUUUUAUACACUGAUAUCUUCCAUUUAGACUGGUAGGUAAAUAGUGCCCAAAAUGCUUCCACAAUGGAUUUCUGUGCUGAACAAUUACUAUUGACCUUUGAAUAUCAGGAAUAUUUUUGCAAAGAUGAAAAUUUUAGGCAGAAAUGGUAAUUUUUUACCCAUAUGAAAGUUUUAAAACUUUAAUUUGCAUACUUCUCAGGUGCACAUAUGAUGAUAACUAUAUUUAAACUAACACCAAAAAAAGGUUAUCUGAAAUAGCUUCAGUGUUACUAGAAUUUCAGCUGAGAACACAUCCCUGUUUUCAUACAACUUAGAGAGUUUUUCCAAGGGAGUGAGUCAGUAGCAUUAAAAUCAUUUUAAAGUGAUUGAGUUGGAAAGCAUCAAAUAUGCUUCCUGAUGUAAAUAUACAUUGGCAUAAAAAUAGUUAGGAUUUAUAAGUUAAUGAUGCAAAUAGAAAGCAAAAUGACUGAAUCAAUGUUGUCACUGGAUUAUAAUUAAGAAAGGAGACAGGCAGUGAGUCGGUGAGAUAGAUAAAUUCACAUUGGCUAAAAGUAAUUUAAGUGGCUACAUGAAACAAAUCUUGCAAAUUUCUUACAUCAUGGGAGUAAGCCUUGGUAUUAAACACCCUAGUCAUAUUUAACACAUGUCAGAGAAUGUCAAUUAUGCUUCAUUUUCAAGUAAACCGGCAGUAAUAAUACAUUAGAUAUACCUUUAUCCAGUUAACAACAUCACACAAAAGAAAAGAAAUCUCAUGAGACUGUUAUUUGUAGCUGCAUCAUUUAAAAUUUGAUAUCAGAUGAGGAAGGCUAUAGAGGAUUCAUAUCUUAUUUCCCUCUCUUACUGCCGUGCAGCUGUUGAGAAGGAAAAUGGAAAUCACUGUUGUCUUUUGCUCUUCAUUACCACCAAUUGAUUACAGCCUUCUUGAUCAUUCAGUAAGAAUGGUUUUUUUCUGUAUGCAGUACCAUAAUGACUUUUGAGUUCAGUUAGCAUUAGCAUUAUCUUUUGUGUCAUGUUGUUGAGAAACAGGUUGACUGGAGUGUCAUUGGCAAAAGAAUUUUUUAAAAAAGCUCUUGGCUUAAUAUAUUGCUUCUCAAAGAAGUUUGCUGAGGGCUUGUGAUAAGAAUAGUUUAAAUACAUCUCAGUCACCUUUGCACUCAUUUAACUGGUUCACGACAAAAUUAAACAAUAACUUACUAGAGGAAUAAUGUAACAUGGCUAUGGACUACUAACUAACGUACAUUUUACCUUAUCUCACUACUUUGACGGCCUCGGAUUGGCAUAUGUUGGGACUGUUUAUAACUUGAGUGACACCUCCAUCAGAAAAAAAUAACUCCUUAGCAGAUGCAGUGCUUAAAUUAACAAAUUGCAUUAUUGUGCUGUGCAUAGUUUACCUACAUGACUGUCACAAGAUAAGACAGGGCAUCAUCAUUCGUUGCAUAGAUUAAUAGAGAUUAUUAAGCUUCAGUGUAAAAUCCAGUAACAGACAAUUAAUGUAAGAAGGAAAAAUUUAACAAUUGCUAAAUGUGAUGAUCAAAAAGUUUUUAGCUAGUUGGUAAUAUGUGUGUUGUAGAAGCAAGAAGCAUGCACAUUCAUUUUUAAAAUUGUAGUUAUGAAUUCCAUAUCUAUUAUCUUGCAAGGAGAGGCCCCCAGCAGUGGGAUCGAGUUUUUGGAGUCAUCUAUACAGUUAUGUAGGUCAAGAUCCCAGGUACCACACCCUGCAGCCAUUCAUGCUGGUAGGCAGUUGUUUGUGAGCAAUUGACAAAAAAGAAAAUUGGAGUUUUCUGUUAUGCUCAAUAUUGUUGAAAAAGUCUUAUUAUGUACACUGGCUGCAUGGUGUUGUGGAGAGAAUAAUAGCUUCGUGCAUAGGAGGUUGAGAGUUCGAAUCUUGUCAGGUGCAGUAGAUGUAAUUUUUUAUUUCUGUUCCUGUGUGACAUCAUUUUAAUCACUGUAUGAACUUUUUCAAUUGUUUCAUUUUUUCUUUGUUUAAUUCUUUUUACAAUCAGAAUUUUUGUGAAUAUGAAUUUAAUUAUAUUAAUCUGUUAUAAUAUUCAGUAAUUCGAAAAUUUCAAUCCAUCAGUAAAAAAACGUAGGACAAUAUAAUAUACUUAUGUUUACUGUACAAUGAUGUGAAAAUUUAUUUUUCAUUACACCAGUGUGCAAUUUUUUCUGCGUGGUAAUAGCCAUGUAGACAUUUAAUACAUAACCUAAAUACCUACUGCACUAUCGACAAAAUAAUGCAAAUGAAUAUUUAAACGAAAGAACGGUUUAUAAGGAAAACAAAGUUCAAGCAAAAUGAGAAAUAGAUAUAAUGAAUGCAAUAAUGUGAACAAAAAAGGUGACAAGACAAAAGAAAUGAAUCUUAAUUAAUACAUAAAAUUAAUUAAAAACACACAAAAACAAAGAUUUCAAGUGGAAAAAGAAUUAUGGGAAGAAAAAUGAGAGCAAAUGAAGAAGUUGAUAUUACAAAUAAAUUUAUGUGACAAAGGAAUGGAAAUAAAAAUUAUAUUUAAAUCUAUCAAUUGAAUAAAACUGUUGAACCAAGUCAUUUUGAUAAAGAUUUAAAAAUUUAAAAAAAUGCUGCACUUGGCAAGAUUGGAACCUACUGCCGCCUGCAUGUGAAGCUAUUAGCCUAUCCCUUACACAACACAACCACACUACAUGAUGCAACUUUUUUAAUACUAUUGAAUUUCAUGCAACAAUCUGAAAUUUUUUCGUCAGUUACUCACAAACGAGGGUCUGCCUGGGUGCUUUGUGUGAUACCUGGGAUCAUAACCUAUAUAACCAUCUAAAUGGUUUCAAAAAGUAGAUCCCAUCACUGGGGACCUCUCGUUGUUAGAUGCUACAUCCUCACAGCUUGUGUCAUUGCGCAGAAGUGUAUUGUCUUCCAAACCUUCAGCACUGACAAGCUGUCUUGUAUGCAAGCACAUGUGCACACUUCACAAUGACAGCAAUAUGCUUAAACAUGCACAAGACAUGUGUUUUAAGAUGUACCUCCAACAAAAGUAAGUUCAUUGUGUUCCCAUUCCUGACUCCUUACCCCAGCACUUUUCAGAGAUACGUGGAGAAAUAUUUUUGUUGCAGUAAUUCAUUGGCUUUUGUCCUGGCAGUGCUAUCCCUAAGAUGAUUAUAAAAAAAAAACUUUGUGCCAGCAGACUAUUUCCAUGUUUUAAUCAGUCUACAAAAACAGUGAAAUGUUACAUUUGUAUUCAUCACUUUCCAAUUACAUUCAUUGCCUCUUUUCACAGUACACUUUUUUUUUAGAUGUCACAUUGUAUUAUCUAAUUAGAGUUUAUGCACAGCACUUGCUUCCAUGAAUCUUUUCUCCCGUAAUUUGUUACUGAGGCUCCUUUACCAAGGAAUGUAAAAGCAUUGGGAACAGUUGGGAAUUCACCAGUGGACAGUCUCUCCAGUAGUGAAAGUGAACUACAUUAAUGGUAGGUGUCCCCAAGAACUUUUUCCUGUAAGGAUUCAUAUUCCUAUUCUGUGCUUUGAUUAUUGUGAAGUUCAUUUAGGGGUUGAGGUAGAAUUCAAAAUUAGUAUUACUGUUGUCCAUUCUGUCUGCUUUGUUGUCAUGAAUUCAAGACAGGUGCACAAAAAUACUUGUUGGUGGAGACAUCAGAAUGGUAUAUUUCGAGUACUAUCAACAGAUCUCAUUUUCAUACCAGUAUAGAUUUUAUCAGUAAUCAGCUGAGUAAAAGUUGUUUUUCAGUAGGGAGAUAGGAGCACCUUGAAACAAAAAUUUAUUAAUUUUUAUUAUUUUUUUAUUAUAAACUAUUUAAAUUUGAAAAUGGUAGUGAGAAACGACAUACUUUUACUCAUAGAAAUCACAAAUAAUAUGUCCAAUUUCACUAUUAGAACAGUUACAAUAAAGUACAGAGAAAAGGUUGUCACAUGUUUCAAUUUACCCCACCAACAAGGCAUGUUGCAACAUACCAAAAUUUUACUGAAAAGAGCCUGCUUAGUUUGAAAUAUCUGACAUGACAGAAGUGUCUUAAUUAUAUUCGUAGUCUGCACACAUGUAGAAUGGAUCAUUAUUCACACCAAUGAGACCAUAUUUGCAUUUACUGCACUGUAUCCAUUCCUCUCCCUUUCUAUAAACACCACAACAGAUCAAACGAUAAUUUUCUUCUUCUUCUUUGGAAGAUGGACAAAACUGCAAUUUUCUUUUGCUGCUAGUUGUUACUUCCUUCUCUCCUCCCCUUCUAUUUCUAGAGCCUUUUUUUUUCCCCCAGUUGUGUCUGUUAGUAUAGCACACUUCCUCUUCUUUCUUCCAUAGUUGUUCUCUUUCCUUAGUCCAGCUUUAGGGAAGGGGUGAAUGUGUUCAGGAGAAAAACAUUUCUCUGCUGAAGUAUGUAGAACAGAAUUAUAGCAUUUGCCACAUUCUCGGAUUUAGCCAGAGGAUCUGAAAGCUUUUCUUCUAGAACUUUCUUGUCAUUCACAAAAGAUGCAGGAAAAUCACUUUCUUGGAAUUUGUCUGUGUCUAAUGGAAAUAUGCCUGUUGCGGAGAAUCCUGUUUGCUGGUUUGAAAGUGGUGAGAAGUCCUUUGUUUACAAUAGAAGGCAAGUCAUAAAUUGUUAGUAUGUUUUCUGGAUUUGCUUUCAACCAGGCAUCAGUUCCCCUGGAGCACAUCUUGAAAUGACCAUAAAGGGGCUGUAACUUGUGAGAAUGGUGGGGUGGAAAUGAUAGAAACAUUACACCACUGUUCUUGGAUUUAUUAAGCACUUCUAUCCUGAGAUGGGAUGAAGCAGUAGUAGGACAGGCACUUCUUUCGUUGGUCUCAUUUGCGUAAUACAAUGGUCGAGAAAUAUUCCGAAACAUUGCUCCACCAUCCAUCCAGAACCUGUGGGCAGUACCCAUCCAGAACCUGUGGCAGCACAGAUAAAAUGACAUUCAAAAUUUUUUCUUGGGAAAAUAAUUGUGGGUGGAAUGAAUGUCCCUUGGGCACAUAUACCAGCUGCUGCUGCUGUUACCGUUUCUCCCCAUUCAGCAGAGCUCACAGUUCCAACUUAUUUCACAUCUCUGAGUGCAACUAUCUCAUUUGGCUUCAGCACUGUAGUUAUGCCUGUUUCAUCCAUGUUCCAAAUACUGGAAGGAGGAAGAGUGUGCUGAGAAUAAGCAUCCCCUAACUAUUGGAAAAACUCCCAAACUUUUUUUUAUAUUAAAAGCUGCCAUUCUUCCCGGACUUGUGCUUUCACAUUGUGUGAUGGAAAGAUCAUUGUCUCUCUCCAAAAAUCCUGAAAGUCAAUUGGCCCUAGGUAUUUGCUUUUGUGCCCAAGAUGAUGGUAUUUUCAAGUUAAAGUAUUUUUCAUAAAGAUACUCCAGUUUUCGUACUUCUUCCUUGGUCAGCCCAAUAUAUAUCUCACGAUAUAAUCCCCGAGUAUUUUUUCCUAAUUGUCUGAAAACAUUUUCAUGUGUUUGAUAGAGUACCCACAAGUAAUGUUUCCUUUUUCCUUUUGAUGAAUCAAGAGAGGGUACAGUAGCAAAUAUUAAAUUCCUAUGCAAUUUUUCUUACAGAAUAAUCGCCCUUUCCUCCAUUUUCCUGAGCCAAAGUAGCAGCUCUCUGCAUCACAUGUAAAGGUGUCAAACCCUUUUCUGUUUUGUGUCCAUAACGACACAUUUUGUUUACCUGGAAGUAAAAAUUUAGACUGAGUAAAUGUAAAAUAGAAGAACAAGUAAAAGAAUAGCAUUACAUUAUCCAAAAAAUUCAGCAUAAGCAAGAACAGGGUAAGUUGCAACACAGCAUUGCAACAUACUCUGCUUCGCACUGCCAUAUAAAUCACAAAUAAACACCCUGAUAAUGACUUCAAAGUAAAAUCAGUUGUUGUGUUGUUAAACUACAAAAAGUAACUAUUUAUCACUUGUGAUAUUAAUGUUUGUCACUGAACAUGUUAUUAUAUGUACAGCAUUUUUGAAACUAUAAACAGUUACUCACCAAUGACCGUUUCCAUCAGAGAAAGAGAACACAAAGAAAAAUAUCUUCAUGCACCAACUCUGACCAUCACAGUGAGGUUACUACACAGUUGAAAGUGCUUCCUCACAAUGGCAGCACCUGAUGGAAUACUUCAAGAGACUAUGCAAAUGUUGCAAUUUACCCCUACAUGUUACCAGAGAGAGCUUUAAGAGCGUUGUGUUUUAGAAACCACAAACAUAUUGUCACCAUUCUUUUCAUUUACAGAAAUCUUUAGUAAAACACUAAAACAUUUGAUUGUACUAUAACACUAAAACAGUUGAUUUUACUACAGAUAACAUGAACUUUAAAAUAUGAUUAUUUGGAAGCAUUUUUUAUGAGGGAGUAUAUUAGAAGGAACAGACAAAUUUACAGCAGAAAGUUUCAGCUUCAGCUAGGUUAUUGAUCCACUAACACAUAUCUCUAAAACUGUUAGUGUUGCCCCUCUAGUAUCAGAAUCUUCAGCCACACAGCACUAAAUUUUGCAUUUAUUCAUGGAGUGCACAACAGGCAUUCUCUGGCAUCACUGUAGGUCACCUGGGUGCAUGCCAAACUUUGGAUUAGAUUCUUCAUGUCCAGGGAAGCUUCCUUCAUUCAACAAUAUGUGUACUGGUACAAACUCAUUUCCCUGUUUUGCCGUAUGGAAACCUGUUUCUGGGCUUUGAAAUGAUGGCUGCCUCAAUUAUAUGUAUUAAGAUAUGGGAAAAAAGCCCUUUUCUUUCUUGAAAUAAACCACAAUUUUUGAUAUGUGGGUUAUAAACUAUUCUUUGACAGUCUAUGGAAAGUUCCAAAAUAAUUUUGAUGAACAUAAUUCUCACCAUAAUUUAUGUGAUUAGGUCAUGGCGAGACAAGUGUUAUUACUUACUGAAACAUUUAGUGAUAGGGAGCCAACAUUUCACAUAGAAUGCAGACUCCAAAUUCUUGUAUCUUUUACAUAAUUCAUACCUGGUACUUAAAGACAAAGAUUUGUAAAAAUGGCUUACAAAAUUGAAUCGUGUUGGUUUUGUAUAUGAUAAUGGUUGAAGCACAGUUGAAAGGUUAAUAGUUUUGCCUUUCUGGUGUACAGUCAUUAUCCCCCUCCCUCGCUUGCCUCUCACUUCCACCCAAGAGCCUUCCCUCACAAUCAAAAUGUUAUAAAAAAGGGGGGGGGGGGGGGGAAGCUCAGGAUCUGACAAGAUUGUAGUUAUUUACCCACUCUUCAUUGUAGUAGGAAAAAUUAAUGUGCUCCCAAUUUAGCAUUUAUCAGCUGCAGGAUUUUCUGGCUUGUUAGACACAAUUGGUCGGUUAUGUCUGAAAAGUGUCAAACUAUGUACAGCACGAGCAUAUUUUCUUGGCUUAUCUUUAGAUAGGCUGAGAGCAGAGGAAGCAAGUGCCAGUCUGUGGUCAGAGCAGUGGUACAAAGGGAGUAAGCUUUACCUUCCUCACGAAGUGCAGCCAAAAGUCAAAUUUUGCUUUUUGUUGAGCAUUUUUUCCAUUCAGGUGUCAUAGGCAGUAACAGAGCUGAACCAGCAAUUAGUCUGUCAUUCGUACUUGCAUAAACAGUUUCAAAACAGUACAGUGAAAUGGAACUUAGUUUUCACCAUUGGUUACAGCUGUCCUAAAAUAUUGUCUGAUUACAAAAGUUGGCAGAAUCAGAGAUAAAAUUAUACCAGCCCAAAAUUUUUGAUCCCUGCCAAUUAAGAACUACAGGGAGAGCGCACAAGAACAAUUGUGUGCAUCAUUAUGUUAGGCUGAACAGAGUGUGAUCCUGUAUUGUGCAUGUAUCAUGAUUGACUGAGAUAGAAGUCCAUAAUAAUAUGUUCCACUUGAGAAGUAGUGCACAUAUUCAAGUUUAUUUGAAGCAUUAUAUUCUUUAAUGAUUUAUAUCUUGAGCUGAUGGCUAAGAUUUCCAGGAUUGAGAGAAGCAUUGAGUAUUUCAUUUCCAUUUUGUGAUGUAUAUAGUGCAUACUUAUUUUAAAUGAUUUAUAUGUUUGACUCAGGAAUCUCAACAGUGACUCAAAUGAUAGUAUUCAUGACGUAAGUUUUUUGCUGUAACUACCCUUGUCAUGCCUUAAAAAUAGAACUAAUAAUGGCUCUAAACAUAGUAAGUUAUGAAGCAGUAAUAUGUAAAAUAAUAUAUUCCUUGUAGCACUGUACAAAAUAAUGGAAACUAUUAAAAGCUCUGAACCAAUGAGCGUGUUAAAAAAUCAUGUAUUAUGGUGUUAGUGUAAGAAUUAGUUUACUAUCUUGGCUUUGCUACUAAAGACAGGCUAAACACAUAUCUGUGGUUAAGAUGUUAGCCUUGUAUUUAGGAUGAGCAGGUCAAAUGCUAGUUUCAGAUGUAUCUUCUAGAUGGUUUCCCUCAAUUGUUUCAGGGGAAUGCUGGAUGGUUUCUCUGACAAUGUCUGUUGAUUCCCUCCCCCAUCUCUUUCCAUCAGGGCUUACACCUUGAUGUCAAGAGAAAUUUUCCAAGAUGGAUAAUUGCCAAAUAUGUGGCUGUUUUAGACACAUUAGCUUCAACAUUAUCACCAACACUUACAAAUGUCAAAUGACAUUUAGGAUUCACCAAGUACUGGUCAUAUUUUGUAGAAAUCUUUUGCCUCAGUGCAUCACGAGAAACCAUUCAGACAGCCAGUUACAGUUUAGUGUCGCAAGAAUUCAGAUUUUUCACAUUGCAUCAUUGUCAAUCAUCAGAAAUGUUCCUAAGAGCAAGCAGGUAUAAGACCACAUGCCUUUGCUUUCCUAAUCCACUAAGCCACAUUUUUGCCAGAUAUAUUUGCAAAAUGUUCAACACUUUGAAAAAAUAUUUAUGUAAUGUGUUAAACUAAAUAAUUUUUAAUAUUAUUUCGUGAAGUUUUUGCUGAAAAUUAAGCCAGUUUUCAACCCUGGCCGUCAUUUUAAACUUCAUGAAUCUUUUUCAUACUGUGUCUAUGAAAUGACAUAUGUAAAACAGUUAGUGCUAAUCAUGCAUAUUAUAAUGUUUUACAAUUUGACAUGUUCAUUGAUCCAGAGUGUUUCAUAUUGCUAUGAUUACAAAAGCUUUGUAAAUAAUGUACAUACAUCUUUUUAAGCACAUGGUUUUUUGUGAUAUUGGUGCUAAAGCAUUGUUAUUUCCAUGGGCGCAUUUUACAUAAAAAUGAAUUGUCAGUGCCUGUUGAAAUUUAACUUUAAAAAUUGUGGUUGCCUUUUGAAGUAUGUUGGAAUAUGUUGUCCUGGUAGAUUCUAAAUAACUGUGCUACAUUGUAAAAUGAUAGUUGUACAGUAUUGUUGUCUCUUCAUUUGUUACUGGAGCCUAACGUGUUCUCUUUGGCACCUAUAAAUUGCACAGUAAUUUUUAUUGGAAGUGUAUAAUAAAACGAGUUUUUAUUUUUUUAA